GCGAGCUUGUGUCAAAACUGAAAGCACUAAACAACGAAGAAGUGAAUAGUCAUAAGUAAUUGAAUUGUGGUAGAAUAAAAAUUUGAAGAUUGAUUUUUAUAUUGUCAAAAUAUGAGUCACAUAGUAGUGAUUCGUAGUUACAAACCAAGCGACGAACUAAAAUGCCGUGAAAUAGCCAAGGACGGUAUAAUGUCGUCCUUUAACACGGCAUUCCUCGGUAACGUGUUUAGAGAGGUUACGUUCGAGAUAAUGAUAUUUUUCGCCGCUCUCAUGUUCAUUUUCUUCGGCGUUCCAUUUACAAUCUGCAUUCUGGUUAUACCAAUUGUGAUAAUUUUAACCUACGUCAUCACCUACGCGUCCCUGAUGGCUAAGUCAAUGGAAGUUGAGCAAGAAAUAUCAAACAUCCCAAGGAUCUAUACGUCCCACGCAUUUUGUGGCUUCUGGGUGGCAGAGGCAUUCGAGCCGUACCUAAUGACGAGGAAUCCGAAAGAUGUACGAUAUUCGAUAAUGACUGAGAAGCAGUUCCGUGAAUCCAACGUCGAUGUUUCCUCUCAGACAAGAAAAUCGGUGGGCAUGAUUGCCUUGACAAAAAGUCGGAGAGUCGACAAAGGAGCAUGGAUCAAGAGGUUGACGGUCGAUCGACAGUACCAGAGAAAAGGAAUUGGCACGUGUCUCUUGAAUGUUGCGAUUCAAUUUGCGAUCGAUCAGAGAUAUGGCUCAGUUGAAACUGUAGCUUCUGAAUACACGGAAGGAGGAAGAGAAUUAUGCUUCAACAGAGGAUUCGAAUUAAGGCAGAUGUAUCAUAGGCAAAUCGUUGGACCGUUGAUCACUGUUCUCAUGUACGAGUUAACUUACCAGAUAAAACCAUUGGAGAAAGAGGUUGUGAUUCCCCCAAUGUCGCAUGCCAGAUCCUUUAUGUGUAGUUAGCUAAAUCAUUGUGGAAAACAGAGUGUGACGUAUAUAAGCCUGAUACUGCUACAUCCAAGUAUGUUAAGCAUUGAUCAAAUGGCACAAGGUGUUGAGCGCCAGGUCGACGUACCCAUUCCAAAUGUUCUGAUAGCUGUUGCAUUGUUCAAAUGUUAUCUUUGCAACUGGACUCACCAAUCGAGUCCUAAUUCCUGUGAUGGACAUUUAUAUUUCCUUAACGUACCAAGAGCGUUCAUCUUUUGUGUCCAGCCUUUGAUUAUAGUGUUAUUUGUAUUAUUAUAUAGUUUUAGCAGAGUAUUCAACUAUGAGAAAAAAUAGUUCAGGCGGUUAUGCCAAAAACAUAAUUUGUUUGGGUGUACCUAGGAGCCAUUGCAAAUGUGCUAAGUUCUUACAAUUUACAGACUUUUUUGCCAACGGACUAAAAACAGAAAAAAAGUAUUUACUGUCCGCUAAGCCGCUGUUGAAACAAAUAAUUUAUAAAAUAGGUAUUAUAUUUUCGCCCUUAACGAAUCUCUUAAAAUUAUGUAGUUG